UAUGUAAAGCCGACCACACAUUUCUUCAAAUAAAUCCUCGACGACGAAUCGAAGGUCUACUAGACGUCAACUCCAAGACAGAUAUAUCAGAUAAGUAGCUGCCCCGGGCACUGCUCGCUUCCGCAAGACAUUUCUAACGGCGUCGGAGCGCGAAGGAGGAGAGAAGCAUCAGCAUCAGUAAUCAGACUAGGACGCGCUCCCUCCCAACCGCACGGCUGAGGCGGAUUCAACUGCAGCACUGAGGGGACGUAUAUCGCUGGAUGUGGCUGAAGACCGAGUGCUGGGAUAAGAGAGAGCUGCUCAUCCUAACCCUAUGCGCCUUAUAAACACUUCCCAAUCUGGCGGGUUCAGGACUGAGGCAGGUGCAGCGGUGAGGGCGCAUCCAUGAGCGUCUUCUCCCGGGACGGCAUGUUUUUAGUUUAACCGGAUCGGGGAAGAGGAAAGGCGAGUUCGGAAGUUUUGAUGCAUAUGAUCACAACCACCAUGAUUUUUAUGAUCCUCGGUGCUUCAGUCGUCAUGGCGAUAGCGUGUUUAAUGGACAUGAACGCACUCCUGGACCGCUUUCACAACUACAUCUUACCGCAUUUACGAGGAGAAGACCGCGUCUGUCAUUGCAACUGUGGAAGGCAUCAUGUUCAUUACGUAAUUCCAUACGAUGGAGACCAUUCGCUCGUGGACUCAUCCGAGAAUUACUUUGUGAGUGACAGUGUGACCAAACAGGAGAUGGACCUCAUGCUGGGGCUGUUGCUGGGCUUCUGUAUCAGCUGGCUGUUGUUGUGGCUGGAUGGGGCUUUGCACUGUGCUGUGAGGGCCUGGAGAGCCAGUCGCUAUUAUGACACCCCUUCCUGGUCGUGGUUGCCACAGUUUUGCAACCUUCGGGACCUGCGUAGACGUGCACAGCUUCGGCAACUGGAGGACUCCAGCGGAAACAUGGUGCACAUCAAGCAGAAGCUCUAUCACAAUGGUCACCCCAGUCCCCGUCACCUCUGACUUUACCGGCAGUUUCCACAAAACUGCUCCAUUACCAGCUGCUGCCUCAGAGACCCACUUUAAUUGUUCCACUACAUCUUUUAGACCUUCAAAAACCACUCGAGUAUUUGCCAAAAGAAGAAAGAAGAUUCUUGUUGCCAUUAUGCUGAUCCGUGUCAAUGCUCGCCGUGUUUGGCGGGCGAUUUAGAAAGGUUUUUCUCUGUACAGGCAUUUUAUUUUCAAUUGCUGAAUCUAGGCAUGCACUUUUAGAAUGGGGGAGGAUGCAAGAAAUAAUUUUUGUGAGACAUUUUGAGCCAAUUCAUGUUUUUUUCCUUGCUUUCCCCCCCCCCACCCACCUUUUUUAGCUUUUUCAUCAGGACUUUUUGGGAGGGGGGUGAUU